AUGAGAAACCCAAUCCAUGCACUCCUAUUUUUUGCACUGCCUUUUAUCCAAAGAGUAGCCAGCUGGUCAGAUGAACCACAUAUGCUCAUAGCUUACAUUGCGUACGAGAAUUUAGACGACCAUGAAAAGGCAACCGUAGAUCGAAUCUUUGCACACAGCCAUGAUAGAAAUUUUGAUAACAUCCUAAGUGCAGCAACAUGGCCAGACCACAUAAAGACACCGAACCCCAGAAGAUCCCAUGAGCCAUUCCCCUUUGAAAGACGCGAAAUUUUAGAUAUCUUUAACGACUGGCAUUAUGUAAAAACGCCUUACAAUCCCACGGAGCUGUAUUUACCUCCCAAGCAUUUAUAUGCCCAUAAGGGGAAGCAUACCGCAGCAGGAAUUUUAAAACACAUUUACAGGACUUUGGUCAGUAUUCAGAAGCAUCCCCAAUACGGUUCCUACUAUUCAUACAAUUUCUACUUAAAGUACUUCAUCCAUUUAUUUGGUGAUAUUCACCAACCACUACAUACACUUAAUUUUUUUAAUGAGCAUUUAAUGAAUGGAGACAAGGGAGGAAAUGACAUUAGUGUGACUUAUGGAGGCCUCGUUGGUAAUAUACAUCAGUUAUGCGAUAAUAUCUUUAACUCGAGAAGGAAAAGGUGGCCCAAUGUAGACGUACAGAAACUUAAGAGCGAUGCUAACAUGUUAAUGAAUUAUUUCCCUCCUCGCGUAUUUGGCAGGCAGCUCAGAAUUCUCAGAGACAAAAUUGCAUACAUAGACACCAUUGUGCACCAGUCCUACGAGUUGGGUCUCGAAUAUGUUUACAAUAAAUUACCCGUGGAUAAUUUAUCUAAAGAUAAAAUAUUUCCCGUUAGUAAAAUGUUUCUGACGCAACUGAAGGAUGUUCUCAACCGGCAGAUGGUUUUGGCUGGGUACAGGUUGGCGGAGUAUUUAAAGGACAUCCUGGAUAACGUUCCGAGCGAUUUGUAG